CAACAAUUUUUCAAUUUUGUGAUAAUUGAUUGCUAAUAACUGUUUCUGCCGUUCAAUCACACCAAUCAUCCAGGAUGACUCAAAUUACCAAAUUAAAAAUUCUUGUCCUUGGAGCAAAAGGCGUUGGUAAAUCAGCUGUCGUAGUACGUGUUUUAACUCGUCGUUAUAUUGGGGAAUAUCAGUCAAAUAUUGAUAUUUUGUAUAAAAAGGAGUACAAUUGUGAUGAAUUAUCUGUUAGCCUGGAAAUAUUGGAUAUCUCAUCUAACAAAGGGAUUUCAAGCGCUGAAUUGCGUGAGCAUAUACUUUGGGCCAAUGGAUUUGUCAUAGUAUAUGAUAUUUGCGACAAAAAUACCUUUCAUGAAGCUCAACAGUACAUGGAACUUAUCUCCUCAUUACGAAGCCUAGUCCAUCUUCCAAUGCUUUUACUUGGAAAUAAACGGGAUCUAGAACAAGGAAGGGAAGUGUCCUUAUCUGAAGGUCGAAACCAAGCCAUGAGUUAUGAAUCCCAAUUUUUUGAGGUUUCUGCUGCUGAUUCCUAUGUUGGUGUAUCAGUUUCUUUCGAUGCCUUAAUUCGAGAAUUGGUUUCCCAACGAUUACGUCGAUCUUCCCGUUCGCCUUCUUCUGCAAGCUCAAAUAACUAUAAAAAGCUAAGCAUUGUUACUGUUUCCAAAGUGUUUGGUGCCGUUUUCGGUGGUAAAAAUAAUAACAGUGUUUAUUAUUCCAACAUCGAUCUAAUCAAUUCAACCCAAUGUUCAGCUCAUUCCCCUGAAUCUGGAAUCAAUAGAGAAAACAAGUUCAAAAAGUGUGUUCCCCUGUUAAAUUCAAGAUCCUUUUGUAAGAGCAAAAAGUCAACCCACACCACAAUGAUUAAAGUAACACGCAAAGCAAGUCCACCAAUACUUUCACUGUGAUCCAUAACCCAAAACACACAAACAAUUAUCUCUACCAGUCAAUUAAAUCAUCAUCUUGCUGUUGAUCAAUUAAAUUUGAGGACGAGAUACAUAAUUGUUUAAACCAGAGGCCUGAAAAUUUGCUAUUUUAAUUUUUUUACACAAUUUUGGUUUUCUCAUUUUUCGUUUUCUUUUUUCAUCUUUUACACCAACUUGCAACAAUUUUUGCUACAACUAUCAUUAAUUAAGGUGAAACAAAUAAGAGUCAAGCCGGGAUUGGUAAUUUAUCAUGAAAACUGAAUCAAGUCCAUAAUAAGCAUCAACUAUUGAUAAACCUCAAUUUUCAUCAUUAACCAAUUUUCAACGUCAUCUGUGGUAACAGUUAAAUUAAAAUCACUGUCCACACCUAACAAUUAAACGUGUUACCUUGUUACCUUUUGGUAUCUACAUUGUUACAUCCAUUGUUAUUGCUACCUCUCAUUGAGCAAAUCAUUCAAUUAAUCCAUAGACCUUUUUUUGUCACAUUUAAAGAUGACACUUUUUUCACUUUGCAUCAUUUUGUACCCAACUGUUAAUACAUCAAGAAUAAACUAAAUACAAAUCAAUCUUAA